AGCCGGGCUCAGUGCGCUCGCUUUUCGCCAGCCAGCCAGCCAGCCAGCCAGCCAGCCAGGCAGGAGAGCUCCGCGGCGGCCGGCCCCAGCCCCAGCCCCAGCCCUAGCCCCGGCCCAUUCCCCGGCCCGGCCCCGUCUCCGAUCCCGACUUCAGCCCUAGCCCCGGUGGCCCGCCAGCGCCCCGCCUGGGGCUCCAGCCGCUCGCCCGCCCGCGCCCAGGUGGAAUGCGCCCCAGGCGCGCAGUCCAGGGGGCGCAUUCAGCCCGUCCCGGGGGAGGCGGCGCCCGUGGCCGGCCCGCCUCGUGCCGCUGUCCCUGACUCUGCCCUGCGCCCCUAGCCCUGUGCCCCGCGCCCCGCAUGGAUUCUUGGCGCAGGCACUGAAACCAGCCCAGAGCGGAGCGGGCCGGAGCACUUGGGCACCGAGCGGGCAUGGCCCGGGGGGGCCGCUAGGUGCGGGGGCGGGGCCUUUCUGGCGGGGAGGGCGGGGGGCUCGGCUGGGGGGCCCUAGUGGGAGCCCUGGCUGAGCUGAGAGGGCUGGACACCGAGCCCGGGAGCCGUCGCCGCCGCCGCCGCCGCCGCCGCCGCCGCCGCCUGCGCCUCGGGAAAGGUAUCCUGAGGGCCAAGUUUGCCUCCCUCACCUGUGGAUGCGCCCCAUCAUGCCCGCCAUUGUCCUCCUCUUCUGGGCCUCCCUGCUGACCGGGGCUUGGCCUGCUGCCCUCUCCAAGGACUACCUCCUUGCCACCCCCAGGGUCCAGCUCUCCUUCAAAGAGCUGAAGGCUACGGGUACUGCUCAUUUCUUCAAUUUCCUGCUGAACACAACAGAUUACCGGAUCCUGCUAAAGGAUGAAGACCACGACCGGAUGUACGUGGGCAGCAAGGAUUACAUCCUGUCCUUGGACCUCCACGACAUCAACCGAGAGCCCCUCAUUAUCCAUUGGGCAGCCUCCCCUCAGAGGAUUGAGGAGUGUGUGCUCUCAGGGAAGAACAGCAAUGGGGAAUGUGGGAACUUCAUUCGACUCAUCCAGCCCUGGAAUCGUACCCAUCUGUAUGUGUGUGGGACUGGUGCCUACAACCCUGUGUGUACCUAUGUCAAUCGAGGGCGCAAGGCACAGGCUGUGGAGCUGACCCACACCCUUCAGGCUAGAGGCCGGGGCAGCAGAGCCACGGAUGGAGCCGCUGUCAGCCCAACUGUGGCCACCCAGCACCAGGAUUAUAUAUUCUACUUGGAGCCAGAGAAGCUGGAGUCGGGGAAGGGCAAGUGUCCUUACGACCCCAAGGUGGACAGCGUCUCCGCCCUGAUCAAUGAGGAAUUGUAUGCUGGGGUAUACAUAGACUUCAUGGGCACGGACGCAGCCAUCUUCCGGACCCUGGGCAAACAGACGGCCAUGAGGACAGACCAGUAUAACUCGCGCUGGCUCAAUGAUCCCUCCUUCGUGCACGCCCAGCUCAUCCCGGACAGCGCUGAGCGGAACGACGACAAGCUCUAUUUCUUCUUCCGGGAGAAGUCCACAGAGGCGCCCCAAAGCCCGGCCGUCUAUGCCCGAAUCGGCCGUAUCUGCCUGAACGAUGACGGGGGUCACUGCUGCCUGGUAAACAAAUGGAGUACCUUCCUGAAGGCGCGCCUCAUCUGUUCUGUUCCCGGCCCCGAUGGCAUCGAGACCCACUUUGACGAGCUGCAGGACGUGUUUGUGCAGCAAACCCAGGAUGUGAAGAACCCCGUGAUCUACGCUGUCUUCACCUCCUCAGGCUCCGUGUUCAGGGGCUCCGCGGUCUGCGUCUACUCCAUGGCUGAUAUCCGCAUGGUCUUCAACGGCCCCUUUGCCCACAAGGAGGGGCCCAACUACCAGUGGAUGCCUUUUACGGGCAAGAUGCCCUACCCGCGGCCUGGCACUUGUCCAGGCGGGACCUUCACGCCCUCCAUGAAAUCGACCAAGGACUACCCGGACGAGGUCAUUAACUUCAUGCGGACCCACCCGCUGAUGUUCAAUGCGGUGUACCCGCUGCAGCGCCGGCCUCUGGUGGUCAGGACCAACGCUCGCUACCGCUUCACCACCAUCGCCGUGGAUCAGGUGGACGCGGCCGACGGGCGCUAUGAGGUGCUUUUCCUGGGCACAGAUCGAGGCACGGUGCAGAAAGUCAUCGUACUGCCCAAGGAUGACAUGGAGACCGAGGAGCUCAUGCUGGAGGAGGUCGAAGUUUUCAAGGUGCCAGCCCCCAUUAAGACAAUGACCAUCUCCUCCAAGAGGCAACAACUGUAUGUGGCCUCUGCUGUGGGGGUAACUCACCUGGGUCUGCAUCGCUGCCAUACUUACGGAGCUGCCUGCGCUGACUGCUGCCUUGCCAGGGAUCCCUACUGUGCCUGGGAUGGCAAAUUCUGCUCCCGUUACUCAGCUUCCUCCAAAAGACGUAGCCGUCGCCAAGACAUCCGCCAUGGCAACCCCAUCCGCCAGUGUAGAGGUUUCAAUUCCAAUGUCAAUAAGAACACAGUGGAGUCGGUGCAGUAUGGGGUUGAGGGCAGUGCUGCCUUCCUGGAGUGUCAACCGCGAUCCCCGCAAGCCACCAUCAAGUGGCUUUUCCAAAGAGAUGCCAGUGACCGGAGAAAGGAGCUUCGAUCAGAGGACCGCACGCUGCGGACAGAGCCUGGCCUGCUCCUUCGAGCCCUUCAGCUGAGCGACGCCGGCCUCUACACCUGUACAGCCACCGAGAACAACUUCAAGCAUGUGGUCACGCGUGUCCAGGUGCACGUCCUCAGUCGAGAAGCGGUCCACGCUGUGCUCUUCCCGCCAGGUGCCGCCAUCGCUGCCCUGCAGCCCCCUGGGGCCGACCCUGCAACAGCCAGCCUCAGGCCCCCUACGCCCCCCUACCAGGAGCUGGCCCAGCUCCUGGCCCAGCCCGAAAUGGGACUUAUCAACCAGUACUGUCAGGGAUACUGGCGCCAUGCGCCCCCAAACCACAAAGAGGCCCCUGGGGGGCUCAAGACCCCCGAGCUCCCGGACCAGAAAAAGCCUCGAAACCGUCGGAAUCACCAGCCGGACACAUGAAACCACCAUUGCUGCUGCCCCGUCCCCUGCAACCUUGGGGGGGCCAUAAACUAUCUCAUCACAUCUCUAUUUUCCCACCAUCCCUCACCCCCCGGCCAUUACCCCCUCUCCCAUUUUAAUAUAAAAAGAUAUAUAUAUAAAUAUCUAUAUAUAUUAUAUAUAUAUAUACAAAGAGAGACACAUACAUGCACACACACAAGCACACACCGUGUCCCUUUUAUCAGUAUUUAUUGGUAAGUCCUACGUAGUCCCUGGGGAUCCGAAGCCCCUCCCGGCGGCAGGGUGGCAGGACCUCGGACAAGGACUGGGUGCCCUGGCCCCUCCAGGAACAAGCAUCCCCUCUGUUUGCCGGGCUGUGUGAAGAGCCAAAAGCCCGGGGAAGGGUUUGCCUCCGAGCGGUGGCGGCGUGGCCAACAGCCAGGACCAGAGAGGCCUCCGGCCCGUACGUGCCCACUGGGGCAUCUGGGGAAGGGGUGGCGCUCCUAGGUUGGGGGUGGGGAAACCCAGAUUCCGAGGAGGGAGAGUCGGUUUCCUCCUUCAACUCAGGUGGGGGCAGAUCUCAGAGGAGGACACAGAAUCAACAGGUGCAGGGCAGAGCAGAGCGGACGUGUGCCGGCAGGAAGGGGCCAAACCACUUUGGGGACUGGCGGAGGACAGGACGAAGGCAGGGAGGGACGGACUGGGGCAGGGAAUGGGGGUCGUGGGCUGGGGCUGGAAUGGGGAGGCCGGGGUCUGGGCCUGAGCAGGGACAGCGUACCCCUGGCCUGGGAGAAAAACAGGAGGGCGUCUGUAGAUGGGCAGGAGAGGAGAGCGGGGGACCAGGAAGAGACAGGAGGAAAGGUCGAGACUGAACUGUGGGCAGUGCGAAGGGAUGAGGAACAGGGAAUGGAGGAGAGCCGGGGGUGGGAAUGAAUGUCAGAAGUCUAUAAAACCCCUCCUCCCUUCCACCUCGGCCCAGCUGCAGGACACCAGGAGCCUGGAAAGGGUCUUGCUAGGGGGCUGGUGGGAAGGCACCGAGGGAGCCUUUUGGGAUAUUUAUUCUCUAUUUAUUGGGGGAAGGAGAAAGGCAGUCCAUGCCAGUUCCUCUCCCAGUCACCCAACCUUCCUUUCACCCUUUCUGGACUCCUUCCAUCUCGGGGCUUUGGAGAAUCCAGUUAUUGGCCGAGGCCAGGAUGUCAACCACGACCUCUUCCCAUCUCCCUGCCUCUCCUGGGCAGCCCAGCCCCAAAGGGGGUGGUGAUGGGGGUAGCCCAAGGCAUACUGGGAUGGAAGAUCAGAACCCCUUCUCCCCUCCCGUGGGGGCCACCCUGGGGCUGUAAAUAGUUGUACAGGGAGACUUCGGGGGCGGGGGGAGAUGGGAGACAAGGGGCCUGAGCCACGGGGUAAGGGAAACUUCCUGUGGAUGGGAUCGCGCUAAUAAACACUGGUUCUGAUUAUA